UAGACUUAGGUCGGUGUGCUUGUUGGUGGUGGAGACGUAAUCGCGCGUGUGAUUGUUCACGCCAUGUGACAGUUUCAAUUCAAGGAAUAACUCCGGUUUUUCUUUUGUUUAACAUUUCUUGCUGCUGAAAAUAACUGGACAUCAUCAUCAGCGUGGUCCAUAACAACUGUCCAAUGCUGCUUCCUUUCAAGUCCAAAGCUGUUUAUUAUUUUAAUGAAAGAUCUCCUUGUUGAUUGUUAUUUAACCUAAUUUAGGCAAGCUGUCGGCUUAGAAAAUGAUAACUGGUUUAUGACAAUAAUGUUCUGUUUCGUACUCUGUGGUUCAUGUAAAAUAUUUUAUUUGUUUUAAUAUCUUCACUAUGACAUGAUAUCCUAUUAUUUAAGUAUUUCUUUUCAUGUAGUUGGGUAAUAUACUCAAUUUAGUCAUAUAUUUAUUUAAUUCAAGCAUUUAUAAAAGUAUUAGUGCAUUAAAGGACAACCGCUGUUCCUUUUAUAUUUUUCCAAAGUUACGUGACUUUUGUUCUAGUUUGAAUCGAGAGUAAAACAUAGUAUCUUUUCUCAAAGUUCCUCUGCCAUUUUUGAUAGUCUGUAGCAGAUUUUUUUUUUCAUUAUAUAAGACUUUUCCUUUUAUGUUAUUUGAUUGUUCAGUAUUAUAAUCAGCAAGAUGAUGCCUCGGCGCCGUAAACUUAUUAUAAAGGGUCUUCUUAUCGUUCCUGCCAUGUGGGUGGUUGUGACUUACAUUUUUGCUGCCACUUCCAGUCACUCAGCUGGGGAGGAAAAGCCCUCCGAACCAAAGCACAAAGCAGAACGUUCUCUUCAGCAACAACAACCUGCGCAUCCUAAUGUCCUUCUAGUCGAGCCCAGCAACAACGCUCAGGCUCGAAACAAAGAUCCUGAAUACCAUGUAGAACAAGGACAAGGUGUACUACUACCCCCUCGCGAACCCGAUGGCCCCGGCGAAAUGGGAAAGCCAGUCAAGUUGAGCAAUCUAACGGAGGAACAGCAAAUCCUUGUGAAGAGAGGAUGGAAGAACAAUGCUUUUAAUCAGUAUAUAAGCGACAUGAUAUCCCUCCACAGAAGCUUGCCGGAUCCUCGAGACAAAGAGUGUCGGGAUCUGAAGUAUCCGUCCGAUUUGCCUCCGACCAGCGUCAUCAUUUGCUUCCACAAUGAGGCAUGGAGUGUCCUGCUACGGACAGUCCACAGUGUCCUAGAACGCUCACCAGAACAUCUCAUCAAAGAGAUUAUCCUUGUCGAUGACUACUCCGACCUACCUCAUCUCAAGAAGAGGCUGGAAAACUACUUGGCGCAGUUACCAAAGGUGCAGUUGGUAAGGGCACAGAAGCGCGAAGGCCUCAUCCGAGCUCGUCUUCUUGGAGCGUCCGUCGCCUCUGGACCUGUGCUCACUUACCUGGACUCUCACUGUGAAUGCACUGAAGGUUGGUUGGAACCACUGCUGUAUCGCAUCUAUCAAAAUACAACGAAUGUGGUUUGCCCUGUCAUUGAUGUCAUCAGUGACGAUACAUUCCAGUAUCACUACAGAGAUUCGAGGAGCCUGAAUGUGGGAGGUUUCGACUGGAACUUGCAAUUUAAUUGGCAUCCUGUGCCUGAAAGGGAGAAUAAGAAAAGGAAGCACACCUGGAUGCCUGUUGCGUCUCCAACAAUGGCUGGUGGUCUGUUUGCUAUUGAUAAAAAGUUCUUUAAAAAGCUGGGGACUUAUGACAGUGGCUUUGAUAUCUGGGGUGGAGAAAACCUAGAACUUUCAUUCAAGACUUGGAUGUGUGGUGGUACUUUGGAAAUAGUGCCUUGUUCCCAUGUUGGCCAUAUCUUCAGGAAACGAAGUCCUUAUAAGUGGAGAACUGGAGUGAAUGUUCUGAAAAGGAAUUCAAUCCGGCUAGCAGAAGUCUGGUUAGAUGAAUAUGCCAAAUAUUACUAUCAGAGAAUUGGAACUGAUUUGGGUGAUUAUGGAGACAUAACUGAGCGAAAGGAACUUCGAAAGAAUCUGAAAUGCAAAACUUUCAAGUGGUACCUUGACAAUGUAUAUCCUGAGCUUUUCAUUCCUGGAGAAGCAGUGGCUUCAGGAGAGGUUCGAAACUUAGGUGGCGAUGGUCGCAGCAUGUGUCUUGACAGCCCUGCUCGGAGGAAUAAUUUACAUAAGCCAAUUGGGUUGUAUCCUUGCCACAAACAGGGGGGCAACCAGUUCUGGAUGUUAAGCCGUGAUGGAGAAAUACGAAGGGAUGAAGCUUGCUUAGACUAUGCUGGUAAAGAUGUAAUCUUAUAUCCUUGUCAUGGAUCUAAAGGGAAUCAGCUAUGGAUUUACAAUCCAAAGACAAAGACAAUUCAGCAUGGAAGUAGUGGUCAAUGUCUAGAAAUGAGUGCAGACAAACAGAAAGUGCUGAUGCAAGAGUGUUCUGAAGAACCCAGGCAGAAAUGGUCCUUUGAGAACUAUGAUCCCACCAAAGCUCGUCGAAAAUCUUAAUAUUUUGUAUCAUUAUGGCUUUUGCUUACAAAAGGAAUAUCAAAAUCUUUUUGAUUAAAGUUUGCAUGCCUUACAGAGAUACUACUGAAAGCCAAAAGCUUAAAAUAUAAGAACAUUAUUCCUGAGAUUUAGUAACUAUCCCGAGGGAAAACAGGAGUUGCUAAAUAUUCAACAAAUGGUGAUGGUGGUGUUGUGGAGGCUACAAAAAAUUCAUAAUUUUUUCGUCAUUAUAUUGGUUAUCAUUUACCAAUUAUCCAUAAGAAACUGCCAGAUAAAUGUGAGAUGUAUCUCUUUGGUGCAGUGAGAUUCCAUGCAUAUAUCAAUCAGUAAAAUGAUAUGAUACUGAUUCAAAUCUUUUAUUGUGGAACAAUGGUUGAAUUUCUAAAGAAAUUUCCUGUAUUACUGUGAGAAUAAGAAAGUUUAGUAACUAUUUGAAAAUCAGUAAUUUGUGAUACCUGUGUAAUGAAUCUGAAACACUAAAAUCAUUCAGAUUUGAAGAUAACUGAAGUCAUGAGAUUCUUGGCUAAAUAUCUCAUGAAAUAUUAGACUGCUCAAACAAGUAAAUGAAUAAUUUACUGCAUUAAGCUAUCAGUUAAGAGAUUGGGACUUUUUAAAUUAUAUUUUAUGAUAGUUUUUUAAAAAUAAUCAUUUUGUCCAAAAAAUACUUUCCUGGCCUUUAUUUUCGCAACUGUUGGUCGUAUCUAUAUAUACUUCCAACUGGGGGGGGGACGUUUUUAAUGUGCAAACAUUCAUGUUUUGGUAUUGUGACAUUUAAAGAAUAUGAAAUCUACUUUUUUGUACAUUCCUUUAUUUAUAUUUAGAUAUUAUAAUACAGAAAAUUCUCUACUCAUUUUAAAAAAUAAAACACAGCUUGCUGGUAGUAAAGUCAUAUUUAAGGGCUGUAUACAAAUAUAAAAGCAAAAUGUUUGCAUUUGUACAUAACCAAAAAUAAAAUAUCAGUUUAGAAAAAGAUUUCUGAUGUUACGAGAUUAAGUGGUGAGCAUUUUAAUGCAGAGAUUGUUGUAAAAAGUAUUAAUCAAUAUAAAUUGUUUUCAGAAUGGAAACUUAUUCAUAGAAUCUUAUAGAAUUUAUGUCUAGAAAAUACUGACAGGCUUCAGUAUUAGCACGUGGUCAACUUGUAAUAUAAUUUACAGUAAUUAAAAAGUGAAAUAUAUUUAUAGUUUAAUGAUUUUUUAUGAUUAUCAGAUUAUGAUUUUGAAGUAAUAAAACUUAUUUUAGCAACUUAUUUUUAGAUUUUGAAAUCUUAUGAAUUACUUGUGUGAAAAUUCUUUUGACAUACCAAAUAUAACAAAAUAAUAAAUUAAGACACUAGUCACACAAAAUAAUGUCAUUGAAUAGCAUUUAAAGGAGAAAAAAAUCAACCUCGAAUUAUUCUUAUUUAUUUAUUAAAUGGCCUCUUAAUGCAAAUUCAAAAUUAUAUCAACUAUCACAAACUUUGAAAUUAAAUAUAUUGGUCAAUGUUUGUCAUAUGGAAGUCAAACAUUUUGUAUUUUAUUUUUUUUAUAACGAGUGUAAAAUUUUCCUGUAUAGAAGAGCCUGAUAGAAUUAGUAAAAAGUUAGAUUUCAUAUUUUAUACAAUUUGUUUUUUAAUUCGAAAGUAUAAAAACAUGAAUCUUUAUGCUCAUGUAAAACAUUUUUGUAAUUAUAAGUAACGUCUAUAACCAACAGUUGUGAAAAUAAAGGCCAGCUAAAAACUUUUGUGGACAUUUUGUAUGUAUAUUUUAUGUUUAAGGAAUUAAUGUCUAAGCAUUCUAUCAAAAGCUUAUCAUUUAAUCAAAAUAUUUUAUAAAAGUUCUAAAAUUUUAGAUUUGAAAAUUUUUAUGAGACUGAUGAACCCUAUAAAUUUGAUUAUAUUUUACAUGCAUAAUUUCCCUUUGAGAUUUCCAUACUUAUAAACUGAAAUAACUGAAAAUAAUACAAAUCCUUUUUUAAUAGUAUAAAUUCAUAAUUGUAAUGCAAAAAUAAUGUUUAGUAUAUAUGAUUUUAAAAUUGUAAGUUUUAUGAAUUUGAAAUGUGUUUUUAAAAAAAUUAUGUUGACUUUUUUUAUCAUUUUUCCCCCUGUGGAAUGAUUUUGUCUGAAUUUUUAAUGCUUGGUAUAUUAAAACAGCCAAAUAUAAAACUGAAAUUAUAUAAUCCUAAGACAAAUUGAGAUCAUAUCAAUAUGAUUAUCUCUUAAGAAAUGAUAAGAAAAUAUUAAUGUAAUGGAAAAUCAUUUAAAAAGAAAUGCUGUUGAAAUGGAAGAUUUUUUAUAAAUGUAAAUCUUAGUAUAUGUAUUUGUGUAAAACAGAAGUUGAAAUAUGUAUUAAAUAUAAAGAAAAUGUAAAUAUAAAACUAUUUUAUAAGAAAAAUUGUUGUGUUUGCACAUAUGUACAUGUAAGAUUUGGUAAAGUCAAAUUAAUAAGUAACAUACAUAACAAUUUUUUAUUAAGAUAACCUAACAUUUUGAAAUAUAAAAGUUUAAUUUGCACAUUCAAAUAUAAAGGUUGUGUUUUUAAAUGUGUACAAAAUAUGAUGAAAAUAAAUCUAGUGACCUCUUUUUUUUAUGAUCACUUUUGAAAGUGACCAUAUUUCUGAAAAUAUAAAUAAACAUUGGUUUUGAACAAUCCUUCAUAAGACAACCACUACUUCCACAAUAGAUCAAAAUCAUCUGGAACUGAGGGUCUUAAAGAUAAUAUAUUUUACUUUUUUAUGUUUAUAGUAUUCUUUUAUAUGAUAGAUAUCAAACAAAUCUUUGCAUCAGUUAGUAAUAUAAAUAGAAACAAUAGUUUACAGACUAACUAGUGCAGCAUUUUGAUAGCUUUCUGAGAACGAUGCUCAAUGAGAAAGUAAUAUAUCAUUUAACAUUUUAUAAAUUAAAGAUCGUUACUAAUUUUUUAAGCAGCAGGCUGCAUGCAAAUACUGAAUGCCUUCUGCUUAUUCAGUCAUUUUCAAGAAUAAACUUGUAGCACCAGAGCGAAAAUUUAGAAGUAAGAACAAUUGAAAGAUGCAUUUAGUGUUUGCUCUCCAUGAAAACAUCUGAAGAUUUACUUUUUCAUUCCAACAUGCAUUCCACGGUGAAACUUGCAUACUGUGAUUUUUUUCUGAUUGCAGAGGGCCUUGGAGAAAAUGCUUAAGUAUUUUCAAAAUAUGUGCAUCUCCCCUCCCAAUCUUGAAAAAGAAAACAUGAAUUGUAAUGAAGUCUUUUUUUAUAUAUAGUUUAGUUACCAGCAGUUGCAGAACCUUAUUUAAAUUUGUUACUGAUAUUGAUUUUUCUGUAUAUUUGUAUCAUGAAAAUCACUUUUACAUUUGUAAGUGCCAUUAUUUAUAUGACCACUUUAUUCCGUUGAUCAAAGACGGAACAUCUGUAUAAAAAAAUCACUAUAAAAUAAAAUAUUUUAGAAAAAAA